UAUAUAUAUACACACACAAAAGAAUCCGUGCCAGACAUGGGGGAGAACAUGAUGCUUCUCUUGAAGAUGUCAGUCCAACAAACGAACAGGCUUGUGACGACGAUGCCCAGUCGAAGAUCCUGGGAUUGAUACGUGAAUCCCUUUACGCUGAUGGCCUGGGCUGAGUUUCAGCUGGCCUGCUGAAGCUAUGGGGAGCUGUUGGAGCUGUUUGUACAGAGACUCCAUCCGAGACAACCAUCUCACCAAAUUUAAGGUCACCAAUGUGGACGAUGAGGGCAACGAGCUGGGCUCUGGGAUCAUGGAGCUCACCCAGACCGAGCUCAUUCUUCACACGCGUAAGAGAGACGCCAUCCGGUGGCCGUAUCUCUGCCUGCGCCGCUACGGCUACGACUCCAACCUGUUUUCUUUUGAGAGCGGUCGUCGCUGUCAGACUGGGCAGGGAAUCUUUGCAUUCAAGUGUUCCCGGGCAGAAGAGAUCUUCAAUCUGCUUCAGGAGCUGAUGCAAUGUAACAGCAUCAACGUGGUGGAAGAGUCUAUGAUGAUGAGUCGCAGUGGUCACACACCAGAGAUGGAAAUGUCUCGCACACCACAGACUCCCAACACUCCAGCGUUCCCUGUCCAGGCUUUUCCCAAUGGAUACCCUGGUUAUCCAGUCAGAGGAGAUUCCUCCCAACCCUCUGUUGCUGAUGAUCAUGGACAUGGCCUCAUGGGUUUGGAAGACCAGACCCACACCUAUGUAAAUACUGUUAGUAUGGAGGGGGAUCUCUCUAUGCGUCACUGUGUGCACUCCUUGCCCGAGGUGCGGCCCGGCUCUUUCCCUGAACCAGCACGAGGAGCCAUGCCUGUCGUGGGUCAAGGAAAUCCCCCGUCCAACCUGCGGUGCUGUCCCCUGGAGGAGCACAACGAUCCUCAGGUGUUCUUGCAGCCGUCCUCGCAGGAGGUCAAAUUCAUGCUUGGCCCCACUCCGGCACAACGCCAUCUGCUGGAGAGAGAGAGGGAGAGAGAGCGGGAGAGGCACGGGCACAAUCCUCACAACCUUCAGCCAGUAGAGGGUGCAACAGGCUCAGAGACGGAGGGAGACGAGCCCUCUAUGCACCUCUGCAACUCUCACUCCUACCACCAUUUCCAUCACCACGCGCAUCGGCACCCGGGUCUUGAGCACUCGGACAGCUGCCAGAGCGGCGAACUCACCUACGAGAACAUCAACGGGCUGAGGAGCGGCCGUAAGCAGCGGCUGAGUCCCAGCAGCGUGUCGCAGUCUCUGGGUUCGAGCAGCAGCAGCAGCACUGGGGACAGUCACACCCACUCCCUCCUGCACCCACACGCCCUCGGCCCGUCUUCUCUUCCCCCGCAGGGCUACGCCUGCGAGAGGGGCAUGGGUGGAGGUCAUCGUCGGACAGCUCUGCUUAACUACGAGAACCUGCCCUCUCUGCCGCCGGUGUGGGAGUACAGCGCUCUGCAGCGGGACGACGAGCAGGAAGAGGAAGAUGAUGAGCAGGAUGAGGAGGAAUACGAGGAUGAGGAGGAAGACUUUGAUGAGUAUGAGUUCUCAGAGGGCCCUGGGACACCCAACGGGUAUCACCAGGAUGGUCGGGGCAUCCACAGAGAUGCCCUGCAGAACUAUGUCAACACAGAGCAGGUCCAGCCGCCCCGGCUCCGACACGCCUGCCCCCCGCAUCCACGGCCCUGUCAGCCAGACAGAGGGGGGCGAAUAUUUAGCUUUGAUUUCCGCGGACGAUCGAGGUCAGGGGUCGGAGGCUGUGAGCACGGCCACAUGCCUCCAUCCCGGCAGCUGAAUUACAUCCAGGUGGACCUAGAGGGAGAACCUCCCUGCCAAGCCCUCAGCAGCGGGGGUGCCCAGACCCAGCCACAGCACCAGCGCCUACCACCCAAAAAAUGUGGCCCACAGGCACCCCGGCGCAGUGAAUGCUACGCAGUCAUCGACCUAAAGAAGACCGCUGCCAUGUCCAACCUGCAGAAAGCUCUGCCCAGGGAUGAUGGGACUUCCAGAAAGACUCGCCACAACAGCACAGACCUGCCUCUGUAAACGGUGUUCAUACUGAAGAGGAACGAUGAAGACAGACGAAGGCUUAUCCUCAUUUUAGCACACCGGACCCUUCACUGUCAUCCAUCCAUUCAACUGUCGGGCUGACUAAUACAGUACAGGUACCUAAUUAGAAACUUACUGAAACCUAUCUGUGCGUAUAAAAGGAAAUGAGGAAUCUCUGAGGAGAAUUUGCCAUUUUAUUCUGUGUUAUUUAUUAGAUAUAUGUGUUUGCAGUGUUUACUGCAAAGCUGUUUGCUGGAUAUAUGAAUAUUUAUAUAUAUAAAAGCAUAAAAUCAUAUAGAUAUAUGUGUGUGUGUAUAUAUAUAUAUAUAUAUAUAUAAGAUUUUAUGCUUUGCUAUGACUUAGAGCAGAGACCUCUGUUUUCAGUGGAAGCUGUCAUUGUCAUACUGUAUCAGCAGAUUUUAAUUCAUAAAUCCAUCUCCACUCACACAUAUUAUUGUUCCUAUCAUUUAGUUAUUCGACAUCAACGGGGCUUUUUACUCAAAUACUACGGGAGUCAAAAACGUGACCCUCACCACAAUAGAAGUAGAGUAGUUGUUGACAUGACGGAAGGUUAAUGGUUCCUCCAAGAUACUGGCCAAUAUUCAUACCUCAUCACAAGCAUUUACAGUCUGAUAAUGAGGCUCGCAGUAGAGACCAUUAUUUGUUACUAUAUGCCUGUAGAGCAUUUUGCACACAAUCCUAUGGAAUUGUAUUUUAUCAUAUUUUAGGGAAUGGUUUCGAAAUGAACAGAAGAGAUGGUGAUUUUAGCAGAAGUAGACUAAACUGAAUGAUGGUAAAAGUAGCACACAUGGAUUAAACGAGCUUCGCUCCCUCCUAUCCACACGCAGCAAAUGGAAAAAGUAGCAUAUCAUCUUCGAUCGCACCUCCUGCACAUCAUCCCAGACCUGCAGGAGGUCCACGCAGUUUACGCUUGUCACGUUGCACUUUUGACCCUGGGCCACUGAAACGCUCUUUGUCUCUACUCCCACUCCGCUGGAGAGCCACAGGUUCGACCGUGUCCUUUUUACCAAAAGCAGGGGACCAAAUAUUUCAUGGACAUUCCUAGUUGGCAUCGCAGAUAGGAUUUAUUUACAUGUUUUGAUGGAGACAUCAACAACCUCAAAUAGUGGCAUUAAGCUUAUAACCUCACAUAAAAAGUGCUGAAUCUAUAAUUUGUCGGCUAUCGGGUGUGAAUGGUCUGUUUUGGUCUUAAAGGGUAAUCAAGUAUGUCGCAAAGUCCUGCAGUGACGAUUUAUGUGAGGCUAUUUAUCAAUCGUAGUCAGAUAUUUAUCUAUUUAUUUAUUUAUGAAUUAUUAUAUUUCUAAUUGUAAUCAUUUUGUUUUCCAUUUGAUGACCAGCGUUUUGUAAUCCAGUUGGUAAUAUGGAGACCAAAGUUUCACCUCACAUGAUCACUGGACUCUGGUGUGUUACUGUUAUAACUCUGCUUAAUUAUAUUUUCAAAAGGAAAGAAAAAAAACAAAGACUGUAUUUAUAUUUGAAGUGCCAAAACGUAUUUGCAAACUGUAUGAUGAAUAAAAUCAAACGUGCCAUUAGGACUUGUAGGAAAGCAUGAGGUGAUAACGGUCAGGACUCAAACUUUUUAGAAAAAUCCAACUUUUUAAGAAUAGAUUAACGACACAUUCCACCUCAUCCACAUUGACAGCCAUUUGGGAGCGAGAUAUAAGAAUGGUAAUCUUGUAGUCUGAUAAUCAUAGCCAGGGUGGUUCUAUGCUGCUACAUGUACAUACUAACAGUAGCCCGUGUAAGCUACAGGUACUUGUCAAAAUGAAAACGUACGUAUUUUAUCCUAUGCGAUGUCAGAUCUUUUACCAUAUGUUUAAUUGCUAAUAGAAGUAGCAUUGUUGUGUUCUUCUGAGAUCAUUUCUGAGCAGUAGAAAUAUUUAAUGUACCAUUUCAGAGAAUGUUUCAUUUGGCCAAUACUUCAUUUCAUUGAGUGUUUUCUUGACUAACUGGCUGUCUGAUAGGAGUGGUAACGGAAGCACAGGCCCACUGAUGCUUUCAUCUUUUUGUUGAGCGCUCACAUCAAGGUGAUAUUUUCAGCUGACGUAGGAUAGUCAAGUGUACGCGAGUUACAGAUGGCAGUGGCAUUCAGCUGUUGAUCAAUAAGGGACGCAAAUACAAACUCUCAAAUUCUGAUGAGGAGGGUUUUUUUGGCUUCUGUGUGACAUGAGGUGCAAAUCAAAGAUGCUUUCUUUAAAUUCAUUCAAGCAAAACCAAACAGCUUCAAGUUUGUGAUUGUUGCUUCUGAUCGGUGCUUUAUGGAUAUUUAUUUUACAUUUCAAACAUUUUACUUAGAUGUUUAAUUACGAAUGAAAACUGUGAAAAGCAGUCAGAUUAAAGCUAGAUUCAGGGAAAGUUUGGCAUCAGAUGGUUCCCAAACUCACACAUUAUUAUGUUCAGAUGUGAUACAUUUUAAUUUUCUCACAUUUGGGGGGGCCAUCUCAUUUUGUCCAAAAUUCAAAGAGAUUAAAUUUCCAAUGACAUACAACUGAAAAAGUCCACGUAAUAAAGCAAAUGUUUGGCAUUUUUGGUUUAUAAAAUCGAAAUGACUAUUUUGUUCACAGAGAAAAGGAAGAAUAUGGUAAUAAAUGUAAGUUCCACUGGUUAGAUGGAAGGAAUAAUGUGAGAGUUUUAGUUUCUAAUUAACAUUCCCAACACAGAAGCUUUAAAAAAAAAAAAAAAAUCAAAAGUUGAUGGUUUGUAUUUUUGCUUGAUCAUCAUACUUUAAUAUGACAUUUAAAAAAAAGAAGUAUAUUCUAUAAAAAACAGGCCAACUUUUAGAGGACAUGUUUGACUGUAUUUGCAAAGAUAUUGUCAUGAUACAUUGAAAGGAUGUUUACAUUUUUGCAAUAAUAGGUGAAUUAUUUUUUUGUUAAUCUAAUUCAGACCAAUGUGUGAAGUGUGAAAUUUAAAUAGUAGUCUAUAGAGCUGUGGGCUUAGUGUAUUUAACCGCCUGUUCUUCUGUGAAUCAGCAUUCUUAUUCUUAUUUCAGGUACAAUGUUUACUUUUCAAUCUUCAUAGUACAAUUCCAGCUAGUAAAAAAAAAAAAAACUUUAAAAAAAAGAUGCCUGUUUUCUUGAUUGUCUGACACUGUGUUUGCUUGAACUCACAUUAACGGUGCCAUACAGUAGGUGGCCGUUGCCGGUACUUAAAUUCAAUUUCAUUGUAUUAAUCUUUGCAAACCAUGUUUCAUACAGGAAUCAGAAAGUGUUUCAUCUAAUUUCUCAGAAUAUUGUCACAUGUGGUUUUAUGGUCAUUUGAAAAAAAUAUCCAUGUUGAAAUAUGUUAACUAUCUUUGUUAUAACGCAGUAACCUCACCGCCACCACCCAAACCAGUUAACAGUGAACAGCAUAAUCAACACAUACUCCUCUGUUUACUGAUUAAUAAUCAAAAUAAAUAGAUGUGUUUAGUCGUUGCUUUUCAAAAAUACGCUCAUGUGAUCUCAGUGCACUUGAGUUCAAAUGAAGUGCCGGUCCCACCGCAUAACUCAUUGGCUUGUUAUUGGCUCGGGGUUGAUGCUAUCUCUCAAACGUCUAGUUUUCAUCACCUUCAGUGUUUAUGCUCAAGGCGUUAUUCACACAGGUGUCUGUGAAAUUUAGAUCGCACCUCUCACAGGUGUGAUUCAUUCUGCAAGGCAAGGAGCCAAAGGUCGAGGUAACAUCUAUCUUUAAGUUCCCCAAACUGAAUUUAUUGAAUGGGUUGUUUAACAAAAGGGCUUGCUCUGUGUUUACUGUACAAACAUGAACGCCAUUUAGUCCAUUUAAAACAAAACUCACUGUGCCUUUCAUUUUCAAGCUGGCGUAUUAUUUCCUUUGCUGUUUGAAGAGGGCGACCUGUUGUGGGAAAAAAAGUGUGACAAAGUUGGAAGGGGCUUUAGUCAAAGUGGUUUCAUACUUCAAGUUGUAGUUGAAAAAAGGGCCACUCUUGCUUGUUUUACACCAUACUGUUUUUUGUUUUUUUUAAUUGUCUGUUUAAAGGAAGGUUUUACAAUUUUGGGAAACACAUUUCUUGCUGAGUAAGAGUAGAAGAUCGAUGCCACUCUCAUGUUUGUGCGCUUAAUAUAAGGCUACAGCUCACAGAUGGUUCCUUUAGCUUAGCAUAAACACUGGAAUCGGGCAAACGACUAGCCUGACUCCAAAUCUGCCCACCAGCCCCUCUAAAGAUGUUAGGUCUCCUUUGUUUAUUCUAUUUCAUCUAUAACAAAAUGUAAAAACAAUAAGUUGUGAUUUUAGGGGAAGGGGUCAACAGUUAGCAGACAGCAGAAACUCCAGAAAGUCACGAAUGAAAUAAUUUGGCACGAAAUACAUUCUCAUUUAAUCGAUACUAGAUGAGAGUGGUAUCCAACGUCUCAUCGAACUCUUUGCCAAGAACGUGAAUAUCUGCAAACAUUUCCUUCAGCGUCAUUGAAGUUGAAUGAGUCGUUAUUUUUGAGAUUACAUGAGUCAUGAUUGACGUCAUGUGGCUACGGUGCACUCCACGAUUCCUCAUCAGCUGCCAUUUCUUCUCAUAGUGCUGAAGAAUGUGAAAAUAAAAGUCCCCUGAGACAUUUCUUUUUCUAUACUUUUCCAAUUUGUAACCACUGAAAAUGUGUAACGUACCUCAGAUGAAACGAAUAUAAUAAGAGCAGAAAGAAAAAAGGCCAGCGACACGGUGUGCACCUCAAUGCGACACGUCUUCAUCAGUGGUUCGUCAUCAGCAACUCUUAAGUGAUUCUGUGUCAUCUUUAAAAUGACAGAACAUCACAAAUGACAUAUUGUAAAACCUCAACUUCCUGUCCACGCUAUGAGAUAGAUCUCUGUCAAAAUACUGAAAGUAUCAGAAAACUGUAAUAUCUCUGUAAUAUUAUUAUUAUUAUGUUUGUUUUUUAAUCUUGUUUUUGUCUGGUACAAGGGUGUGAUCGCCACCAGAGGGUGAUGUACAUGUACGGGUCUGAGCUGUGCAUUUGUGUGAAUUUGCAUACAGGUUGCAUUGGCUGAACUUUUGUCACUAUUAUAUCAAUUUACAAAUCGACUGAGUGCCAAAUAUGCUUGAGCAUGACAAACUCCGGUACCUAUGAGGAACAGCAGGUACUUUCUGACUCAUCGAAAGAGACUCCAGUGACUCGCUGCUGUUGUAGACUCUACUUGUGAUACGAAUGCACAGCUGAAGGUUUUACCAUGCUAAAUAUUUUUGUUGAAAGAGGGGUACAUUUCAUAUCUUUGUUGUAUGUUUCUAUCCAUGGCUUAUAAAUGAGUAUGCAGUGAUGGUCUUAUCAUCUUGUUAUUACAAGUGAAUACAAAAAGCUGAUUUGCUUCUAUUGUUGGACUGUCAAAAAGAAGUAUUUGGGUCAUUUUCAUUCUUGAAUAAUUCCAGACAACAGAUGUACUGUAUGUUAUCUGACCUCCUCUUCAUCCCACCCUGUCCCAAAACAAAGUGAGCCUGACAUUUGGUGGAUUUUACCCUAAAUUAUAGUGUGGAUUUGUCCAAGAUGUAAAUGUAAUUCUAAUAUUAAAAUGAAGCUAUGAAAAUA